AUCGAGCUAUGGGACGCAAGGCGAGGCACUCAGCGCGCACGGGCGACGGCGGCGCGGAGGUGCGUCUGCGCAAGAAGCAGCUGAAGGAGGCGCAGCAGGCGCAGAAGCAGGCGGAGCUCACGUUCUACGACGACCCGUCCGAGAACGAGAGCGACGGCGAGCAGUUCGAGUCCGAGGACGACGACGAGCUGGCGGGCCAGGAGGUGCUGGAGCUGGGCGAAGGCGAGGAGGAUGAAGACGAUGAUGACGAAGAGGAGGGCAUGGACGAUGACGACGACGUGAACGCGUUCGACGCCGAGGGCGAGCGCAAGAAGGCCAUGCAGAUGGAGGGCAAGUGGGGCAAGUCCCGCAAGACCUUCUACUCCGCCGACACGGCCGAGUACGAGUUCGAGUCGGACGAGGAGAUCGCCAAGGACGAGGAGGAGGCGGCUCUGGAGCUACAGCGCAAGCAGGCGGAGAUGAUGGACGACGAGGACUUUGGCAUCGACGAGCCGGAGGCCGAUGGAGACGAGGAUGAUAAAGAGGAGGAGGAGGAGAACGGGGCCGCCCCCGUGGACGACGAGGAUCUGGUGGGCGAGCAGCUCGCGGACAUUGCCACCCUGGCGGACAAUGGCGCGGGCGGCGCGGAGACCGUGGAGCAGGUACACAAGGACUUCUCCAAGAUGACCAAGAAGGACAAGCUGCAGAUCGUGAACCAGUCGGCGCCCGAGCUGCUGGGCCUCAUGUCCGAGCUCGAGGCGACCACGAAGGAGCUGGAGGAGGUCGUCACGCCCGCGGUCAUGAAGCUGCGCCCCGUGCGCCGCAAGUCGCGUCAGCUGCAGAUGGGUCUGCGCUACCUCAUGACCCGCCAGAACCUGCUGCUCAACUACUCGGCCAACAUCUCGUUCUACCUGCUGCUGCGUGCCGAGGGCAAGAGCGUGUCGGACCACCCGGUGCUCAUGCACUUGCUGCUGCUCAAGAAGCAGCUCAACAAACUGCAGGAUAUCAACGAGGUAUUGGACGACCAGCUGCAGGAUCUGCUCACGAAGGAGCUGCCAGCGGAGCGGGAGCCCAAGACCGAUGACGGCCUCGAUAAGUUCUUUGCCAAGUCGGAGCGCAAACGCAGCGCCGACGGCGAGAAGGUCUCGGCCAAGAAGUCGAAGAAGCAGAUGAAGGCAGCGGAGGUAUCAGAGGAGGAGCUGGCGGAAGCCCAGCGGUUCUACGAGCAGACCACGCGCGACCAGGCGGAGCUCAAGAAGGCCAAGAAGGACUUCUACACGCACGAGAACCCUGCGCUUGCGUCCAGCGACGAGGACAGCGACAUGGAGGGCGAGGGUGGCAAGCGCGGCGCGUCGUACCAGAUCAUGAAGAACAAGGGCCUGAAGGCGCACAAGAGCAAGCUGAACCGCAACCCGCGCGUCAAGAAGCGCAUGCAGUACCGCAAGGCUGUCAUCAGAAGAAAGGGCCAGGUGCGCGACGUGCGCGUGGGCGAGGCCGGCAAGUACGGAGGCGAAACCACGGGUAUCAAGUCGAACCUCUCACGCAGUCGCAAGAUCCGCAACUAA